AACUAGCCCGCCCAUAUAUCUACACGCCAGGCAUAUAGUGUAGUAGUAGUAGUAAUAGCUCUGCCAACUACGGGCUUAAGGUACGACGUCACACUAACUGGCUACUUGGGUCGCCUGCAUACCACCCGAUUGAUAAUACCCAUUCCUGAACGCAAUCUUGCGACCGGGCGGUACUCUUGGAACAAUAUAAGCAAGAGAUCGAAGCCAUUUCCCCUCGUGCGGCCGGUCUAGAGAGCUUGUCUGAUUGUUUGCUCUGCCACAUCGGCCUUUUUGCGCCCUGCGAGACGAUUUCGCCACGAAGCCCCAGUUAUAGCCACGAAUACGACUCUCGAUAAACCGCACUUACAGGUUGAUGCCACCGUUUUGUGUCACUAUACUACUCUCCUCCCCUCGCUCGAGUCGACACUUCCUCCUCCAACACCUUUGCCGCGCAUUUCCAUAACUGCAGCGAGUGAGAUUCUCUGGUUGUCAUGGAUGAGGGCUACGAUCCGUCAUCGUCGACGGCCUUCAACUUGGCCAGUCACCUUAUAAAUUCUCACACUAUUGGUGAAACCAUAUCCCGGGCAACCUCACCAGGUCUGCCUUCAGAGGCAAGCACAGAUGAUAACAAACGGUAUCGGCCGCGAACUUUUGCUUAUUUCAAGCUCUUGCCAUAUGACGUCGAGGCGGAAUCCCGGCGUGAUGCUGCCCUGCAAGGGAUACUAAAACAGCUCUACAUCGCAGUCAAGGCCGAGGACUUCUCCCCAGGCGCCUUGCACUGGACACGACAACUGCAAGCAUGGCUCUCUUUGAAAUUCGACAUGCCACACGAGCUGCGGGCUAAGCUCGCAAAGCUCUACUUUCACCUCGCGCUAGCUCCAGGGCUGGAUAGCAGUGCAGCGGACAGAUUCUCGAGGAUGGUUGUGACAUUGACAAGGAAGAAGCAUUUCCUUAAACCACAAGAAGAUUUGACACUCGAUUGGCGACCGCUCUGGAAGGACAUCAAGACUAUUGUUUUGCCUGCGGAAGCGCCAUCACACACAGCCACUUUGAGGCGAGGGCUUAAGGGUCUUUGGAAGCUAUGUCUUCACUCUCAGUCCUACUUUGAUCCAAAAGAGCGAUAUGCCAUGCUACAGGAGAUUCUUCCGUACUUUAGCACGUCAGAUCUUUCCGAUGGCUUCAUUGUGCUCGGUGUUUUGAACGUCUUGAUGCCCACGGCUCCUGCCCCACCGACUGAACCGCUGUCUCAACCAUCCGACUUCCUUCCGACCUUUUUCCAUAUGUGGUCGCUAGUAUCACGGUCCAGGGUUGUCGACAGCACAGUGCUCGAUAUCUUCUCGCGGCUGGCCCGAGAUUUUCUGUCUUGCGUACAUGUACCCUUUGGCGAGCAUGGUAUCUAUACACGCGAGCAGUCAGACCUCAUCUUCACGGCCGUUCUUCGUCUCACCGACAUCCCUGUUGGUCAGGCCAACUCCCCGUAUAGCAAUGUCGACUUUUCAGCCGGCAUGGCUAUGUUUUUGGAGAAGGAUAAGAAAAAACAUCCCGUGACAUAUAUCAUAGCGAGGUGGAUAGUCUCAUCAUUAUCACCACAUUGCCUUGAGAAAGAGAGUUCCGUUCUCAAUAGUCUAGAGGGUCUCAUGGAGUCGGUUGACACGUUCUUUCACCCCUCCAACCACGGGUCAUGGACCAGAAUGCUCUCCCAACUUACAUAUUACCUAUCCGAGCUAUUUGUAUCUCGCUGGUGUAAGGAACAAAGCGGAGAGAUGGAUACACCUGCCGACAGGCGUAUCAACGUGGAGCUCAAGCGGCGGUUUGUGUUAUGCUUGCGCGAAGUCACUUUCAUGGGACUCUAUGGCAAAGGCAGCUCCGUCACCAGCAUGUACUUUGGCGCUCUUCAAAAUCUGACUUUUCUGGAACCUAAUUUGAUGCUUCCCGGUGCUCUCCAGCGUUUCUAUCCUAGCUUGCAAGGCCUGGUCGAAGUGCACCGAACUACGUCCAGUCUCAUCGGCCUGCAGAUGAUUGCCAAUGUCAUGGCGAGAGAGAAAGGCUGGCGGUGUCACAUCACCGCACUGUUAGCACUUGCCCUCCCAGGAAUCGAUGCCAACGAUCUUAACAAGACUCAAUAUACGCUCAAUUUCAUUCAAACUGUGGCUUACAGUAUUCCAUUCGUCAAUUUGGCCAAGGAGAAUAGCAAGAUACACGACACCAGCCUAGCAAUGCAAUGGGUACAAGGAGAGAUGGACCGAAUGGAAGCAGAAGGCCAAGAUGUUCAAAUUGACUACAAGAACGAGCUCAACGAUGAAGACGAGAUUGAUAUAGCUCGGUCGUCCACAGCUGGCUUUGGCGAGUUUGUUAUCACGCUGCUGGGAAAGGUGUUCACCUUGUUGGAAAAUCUUCCAGAUUCAUCGCAAGUGAGGUCCGGUUCACCAGAGGACAAUAUUAUCAAUACAUUACCAGCAGCAUUGACCCCGAUGUUUGCGUCUCUAUCCCCUGAACUUUUCGACAUGGCUCUGGAGAAACUAGCAACCUUUGUGUCGUCACACGUUGUACACCAGGCACGUGAUGCCAUGGCGUGGAUUUGCAAUGCCCUCUGCAAGGUGAACCCAGAAAAGACACUGAAGGUCUUUAUCCCGAUGCUUAUUGUCAAUAUCCGCCAUGAGAUUGACUCGAACGGUGCUGCAUCCGACCGUAGUAGUGGUACGGAAAUACUUCCCCGUGAUAGAGCUCUGGUCUGGCACAUAAGUAUUCUGAGCAUGUGCGCCGUCCAUGUGGGAAGCGAGGUGCUCAAUUACAAGAAGGAUUUAUUUGACAUAGCGGAGUACAUGCAGGAAAACUGCCGUGGUCUUCCGGCCAUCCACAUCAGCAACUUCAUCCAUCAUUUGUUGCUUAAUCUCACUCAUACUUAUCCAAUUGAUACCGCAUUGUAUGAGCCUGAAGUCAUCCAGCGUGGCCUGGACGUAAAUGAUUGGGGGCAAACAACAAAGCCUGCAGAUCUCACCAUUCGAUGGCACCGGCCCGUGAUGGAAGAAAUCCAAUUCGCUAUUGAGCUAUUCGAGUCUCAGACAGGCUCUGCAAUGCGCCGGCUUGAGGCUCUCAUGAGCGACAAACCGCCUGUAAGUAGAGGCGGUAAAAACAAAGAAUGGUCCGAUGAAACGUCUCGCCAGCUCAGCCAACUGCGACUUGUUAUCUCCGGCAUUGCUACUCUUUUUGACCCGAAAAGAGCUUCGGGUGAGGUUAAUGGCCACGUAAAUGGUUUCACAAACGGAGAUAGCGACGAUGUGAUCAUGCAGGAUGAUGAUGAUGAUCCUGAGUCUAACGAUCCACUGGCAGAAGCAGGUGAAGAUGAUGAGACAAAACCUCAGUUCAAUUAUCAAGCUGGCUACCUCUUGACUCCUGGAACACCUCUUUAUAAUCAUCUCCACAGCCUUCGAGAUGACAUAGGCAAAUUGUUGUCCAGAACACAUUCAUGGUUAAACAUUAACCAAGAAGAUGAUGUUGCAUGCUUCACGGCGCUUUACUCUGCCUAUCGCACUUGGAUUACCGAUGUCGGCUUUGAACGGUCCGCGCACCCACUAGACCGCCUUAUUCGACUUUAUAAGGCAGACAUAGCUCCCUUCAAGAUUAGCGGUCUGCGCAAGCACUAUCCGCGUCCUUUGCUUAUUAAGCGAGCGGAUGGAUACCAGCAACAGCGUGUUAAGCACAACUCAACUGUUCGGCGCAAGAGUGAACUGGACAAGCAAUUACUACUUGAUCUUGCUGAAUCGUCCGUUUCAUCGUACGCCGACGUGCGUAGGAUAGCACAAGGCGCUCAGGAUGCUUCAGUCAAAGCCUUAAUUGGAGGAAGGCCACUGGUCAUUCCUGUUAUCCUCGAGAGGUUCCGCAAGGCUUUGGAUGAGAACGACCAUGAUAGAAUUAAGGGCGCCAUGUACACUUUGUUAUUCACCAGUCUUCUGAAAACGUCGAUCAGAGAUUGGCGUUUCGCCCCUGACCUUAUGCGGCUGUAUAUCAAGACUGCCGGGGUUGACAAAACAUCCAUCCAGACUCUCGGAACCACAGCCGUAUAUCCACUCAUUGAAUUCGGCAAACGCUUUGAGUUGAUGGUUAUAACGGAUAGCGAUAUCGUAGACUCGAUCAAACCAGAUGAAGAUUGUUCAAAAGCCAUUGAAACGAGACAUGACUUCAUCGUCGAACGUAGGGCGAAGGUCGAAAAGAAGAAGGCAAGUCUUGGGCUAGAACUGAUAGGACUAGCAAGAGAAUCACACUGGAAGACAGCCAGUCGAUGUGCCAUCUUCGCCACCAACCUUUCCAUACGCUUUGACAGCAUCGCACCCCAUCAGUUCAUUGAGCUUGUCGCCAGUGGUACUAACGACCCUCAUCCCGGCUUGAGGGCUAACUACAUGUCCGCAUUUUCCUUAGUGUUUUCUGCUAUCGACCAGCGAGCUGUUUAUAAGCACAAUUAUCGGAACUAUCUCGAAGAAAAAGAGUGUGAGACGAACAAGACGUCUAUACCAGUACCCAAAGGCGACGCUGAAUUCACCGCCAAAUACCUAGAUGACUUCAACCACCCAGAAAAAGCGGAAUACCUCAUAGACGCAGAUUAUCCGGGAUGGCUGGUCUGGGGAAAGAAAUUCCAUGCCACUAAGCAAAGGUCCAAGAGAUUUGAUGGCUACGAUGAGCUAGAAAGUGCUACCCGGCAGCAUAUUGGCAGCUUGCUCACAAGGCAGUGGCUUGCUAAAUUUUUCGAUCAUUUGAAGCAAGAGCCGCGAGAUACGUCGUCUGAUCGGUUCAGGACUUCAAAUGUCGUGCUUCUGAUGCAUGUGUUUGAUCUCAUGCAUGCUGGACAGACUGCGAUCACAUUCGAAGAUGUCAAAGAGUUAGUGGCUGAGGCCUACGGCGACGGUAGCGACAAACACCAGCAUCGAGCAACGGCUGAGAUUUUGGGUGCCAUUCUGGUUGGCUUGCCUGAAUGUACUGCCGAGACACGAAAACAAGUGUGGGAAUUCGCACUACCACUAAUUGUGAACAUAUUUGCGGAUAGCCUAACCCCUGAAAACCAAACAUACUGGGUUACAUUCCUCCACUUCCUCUUGGACAGCAAGGAUCCCAGGCGAGCACACGAUCUUAUCAGCAAGCUCAGUUCAUUCCGCCUUGACAUGAACUCCAAUGCGGCUUUCAAAGAAUCCUCCAAGGUGCAACUAUUAGAGUUCAUGAUCAAUGAUAAUGGUUGGCAUUUCCGACACGAGAAACCUAUCCUCGAAGACUUCCUCGCGCACAUAGAUCACCCGUAUAAGUCUGUUCGGGAGGCGAUGGGGCGUGUUAUCGCUACAAUAUUUCGCACUCGAUAUUACGAAGCAUUUGAGAGUGUGGACGCCCUCCUCGAGCAGAAUAAGACGGAGUCUAGCAUCGGCAUUAAGCCUUACAAGCCCACCGAAGAAUUCGUCGCCACCAUAAAAGAUGUGUUUGACCGCCUCGAGCUAUGGCGGCAACAGCGUACUCCUGGCCAACAAACGCCCUCCCCUUACACGUCAGGAUCCAAGACUGUUUUAACAUGGCUGGACAACACUUUGUCGUCACAGGAAUGUACACAAUUGAUUCCCUUCUUCCCAGACCCAUUUGUCGACCAACUGCUACAUAUGAUGGACGUGAAAGAAGACCCGGAAUUGAUGCGGCUGGCGUACCAUGUGUAUCGUCAUCUACCGAAUAUUCCCUUCCGCACUGGAGAGGAUGGGCCAUUUAUUGCGGCGCUAAUUCGCCUCGGCACGACAUCCCCCAGCUGGCAUCAGCGACUGCGUGCUCUUGUGAAUAUGCAAGUCAUAUACUUCAGACGCCUAUUCCUUAUGGAUACCUCUAAUAGAGAGCUACUCUUUGAUGCGGUUGGCGAUAUGCUGGCGGAUUCUCAGCUUGAGGUGCGAACAGUAGCCGGCGCGACGCUCGCCGGUAUGAUCAGAUGCUCUCCUGUAGCCAUUCGCAAUCCUAUCAUCGCAACGUUGAAGUCCCGCUUCGAGACGCAGCUAGCGCGUAACCCUAUGCCGAAGAGAAAGACUCCUGGCACUGAGACACCAUCGGGUGAUACACAAAAAGUCGUUAAGAGGCAUGCUGCUGUUCUAGGUCUUGGCGCCCUGAUCGAAGCAUUUCCUUAUGCGACUCCACCGCCAAGUUGGAUGCCUGAGGUAUUGGCUCUCUUAGCAAGACGCGCGGCAAGUGACCCCGGCGUGGUAGGACAGGCUACAAAAGGUAUUCUCUCUGAGUUCAAAAAGACCAGACAGGAUAGUUGGGCUGUGGACCAAAAGUACUUUACCUCCGAUCAGUUAGAAGACCUAGAAGGCGUCCUCUGGAAGAGCUACUUCGCAUAAAGUUAUCGAUCGUAAAGAAGGACCGAUAGCUUUAUGUCACUGCCAAUAUAUCUGCUGCCUAUACGCAGUCACCACAAUUUGUCCAUCCCAGGUCUAGAACGAAGGAGAGCUGUGCACGGAAAUGGUUCAGGAAGGAUGUCUUCAGCGACUGGCUAUUGUUACGUGGUAAUAUUUUAUUUUAAUAUGGCGUUUCUUAUUUUCCCUAAAGGCUAGAGGGUACACAUCGUUCAGCACACGAUGCAUAAGGAAUACGUUUGGCAUUACGUCGAAUCAGUCAUUAGUGUAUGAUGGCGGCAGGUUUUGAUAGAAGCAUAAAGUGCGAGAGUUGGCCAAUUCUAGGUUUCUCUUCCAUCCUCUUUUUGAUCCUCCAUCUUCUUUCUCUACA